AUGGAUCUCGAGCAAACAGUGAAAGACCUCCAAGCUCAGAAUACACAGUUUCAACAGUUGCUCUUGACCCUAGCCAAGGGAAAAGAAGAAUUGAAGACUUUGCUGGCUAAAGAGAGGAAAAAGAAGACAAAGAAGGUAACCAGAGUCUUAAACAUGGGAAGAAGAUUUCAUGGGCAGACAAGAAGGACUUUGGACUUUGCAACAACAUCUGGUGAAAGAGACAACCAAGAUGGUAAAGUCAAGGAAACAGUUGUCCUGACAGAAUCGGAGGAGGAAGAGGAAGAAGAGGACUACUCUGAAGAACAAUACCCUUCAGUUGAUGACAAGUAUAAACAUCUCGAAGAGCGUUUCAGUGUGAUGGAAAUCCAAAAGGUGUCUGGCUUGGACUUUGAGGAAUUGGGUUUGGCAUCAGGGAUUGUGAUUCCUCCAAAAUUCAAAGCACCUGCGUUUGCUAAAUAUGACGGAGUUUCAUGCCCUAAAAUGCAUCUUCGGUCAUAUGUGAGGAAAAUCCAACCCCACACCGCCGAUAAAGACUUAUGGGUGCACUUCUUCCCAGACAGACUGUCUGGAACUCAACUUGACUAG